CGCGCUGUAGAGCUGAAGGGGGAGUUGCUGUCUUGCUCAAGGACACGUCAGCAGGGCGGAUGCUGACCGACACUGAGGUCUUGAACCCUGAUUUUAGCGGCCGGGGCGCGUUGGCCACCCUGCUGGCUCGUUGGUCACGCUGAUGACGUCCUUUUAUGCCCAGAAAAACACAGAUUUACUGGGGGAAGUUCUUGAACGGCGCAGCAGAAAAAGUGGGACCACAAGAGCCCUGUCAUUGCUCUCCGGUGACAAGUAGGCCUGUUUUUACACCUUCCUUCUAAAUAAGGAAGCGGCCUGACAGACAUAUGACCACCGACCCAAUUUGGGAGCAGCCCGAGUGCCCCAUCUCGGCCCACGGCCGCUGAACGCCACCAAUAAGCGUUCUCCCCUUCCAGUCCAGCAGUGACAGUAGGCUAUUCCCCCAACUCUCCACACACUUGGUAUUUUUCCUGCUGUCAGCACCCGCUCUACCCUUGUAUUGUCCCAGUGGUGAAGUCAGCAUGAUGUCAUCUAGGGAUGCGAUAGCCUUGGCAAUGUUGAAACAGGGUUUUUGGUGAGUGGUAGAGGAUUUAUUCCGAAGUCUUACCGAGAGGGGGGGAAGAGAGAGAGCAAGAGAGAGUGUGUGUGAGAGAGAGAGAGAGAGAAAGAGAGAGAGAGGCGCAGAGGAGCUGCAAAACAUGGUAAUCACCAGCACCAACCUCACCAUCACCAUCACCAUCACCUCCAGCUCUGCCGCGCACUCUCCCGUCUCCUCUCCUCCUCUGAACCGGGGCUUGCGGUUCAUGCCCAAAGCCCUGAUCUGCGCUCCCAAAAUAACCCUCAGCCAGCAUGCCGAAGGAAGCAAAACAAGAAGAGCGGUAUUUUUAGGGUCAUUAAUUUCGACCACGUGGCCCGAAGGUAAACCGGAUGGCCGUUGCGCAAAGGCUCCUCGUCAGUAUGUCCUGCGAGACCGGCACGCCGCACUGGACGCUGACCGCGGUGGUUCUCCUGGGCUUUCUGCUGGGGAUCGUGUCAGCGUACCCUUUACCGAGCAGCAGGACAAAUGCAACUUUACUGGAGAAAAGAUGGGAGACCCUCUUCUCCCGCUCUGUACUGGGGAUCUCCGGGGAGAAACCGGAGCUGAACUGGGAGAGUGACUAUCUGCUGGGCAUCAAAAGAGUGCGGAGGCUCUACUGCAACGUGGGCAUCGGGUUUCACCUUCAGGUCCUCCCCGACGGCAGGAUAAACGGUGUACAUAAUGAAAACCAGUACAGUCUAAUAGAGAUCUCUACGGUGGACAGAGGAGUGGUGAGCCUACAUGGGGUGAAGAGUGAAUUGUUUGUCGCAAUGAACAGCCGUGGAAGGUUAUACGGAACGACAGUCUUCCAUGACGAGUGCAAGUUCAAGGAGAGCAUGCUCGCAAACAACUACAACGCCUACGAGUCUCUGGUCUACAGAGGCUCCUACAUAGCACUCAGCAAACAUGGCCGCGUGAAGAGGGGCAACAAGGCCACCACUGCCAUGACUGUAACGCACUUCCUACCCCGAAUAUGAUGAGCAAAAACUGGCAAUAACAAACUUAUUUGCACAUGUGGAUUAUUUCCCAGGUAACAUAAAUACCGUAUACGUACGUACAAACACAAAAGACAACGAGGACUGUAAAAGAAAGAAAUACCACUAUAUCUGAUAGUAUUUAUUCAAACUUUAUAUGUAUAUUUGGGUAGCUUCCUUGGUAUAAGUUAUGGAAAUGCCAUUCUUUGCUGCUUUUAUGAUUUUCAUCAUUUUGUGAUUAUGAAGGGGAUGGAGAGGCGUCAUUUAUCCCCUCGGUUUAUAUGGGUGCUUGCUGGAAUUGGUUUGAGUCCUUGGAAAUGAAAUGAAUACGUUAUUACCUCAAAGCACCAUAUCCUGAGAAGAAGAGCAAGAAGAAAAAGAAAAAUGUGUGCAUGAAAUUUCUACAGAGAAGAAUGCCUGUUUACUGAAAAUGUUUUCGUUGCCAUCGAUCAAGGACUUGAACACUUCCCUCUACGUUCGAUUGUCUCUGUCCCUGUCAGGGCAACUGCAGCACUUGCAAAUAUGGCGGUGGUUUUUCUUGCUUCGUCAUGAGGUGGCGGUGCCUUGAAUUCCUACUUGCAGCCCCCUUACCCUUGCAUGCGAGAAACGUGGUGCUCAAGUCAGAAAUAGGAAUGAAGCGCAAGUCAUCUCUCCCUCAGACACCACCGGGAGGCUUUAGCCCAAUUCCUGGAGGGCCAGAGGUUCCUCCACGUUAUUUUCUUUCCAUAAUUAGAUAAAUUAAGUAAUUGAGACUCUAUGCUGCACAGGACCCAGUGGAGCCUCUUGUUAAUAUGGAAAGCUAGAUUUAGAGUCAGCACCCCCCCCCCCCCCCCCCCAUCAUGUCCAAGGGAGCUUUGACAAUCCCGGGUUUUACUUUCACAAAUUUUGUAGCCGGAUCAUCAGGCCAGAUUGAGUGUGUGAGUGUGUGGUAUAUAUGUGGGCAUGCAUUUAUUUGAAGUAUGUGUUGCUCAGUUUGAGAGCCGCUACAUUUUUUACGCUUUUCUUUUCUCAUUGUGGGAGGUCGAGGGUAACAGAAUAUCAUAGAUCUGACACAAUGAAGCAAAAUGUCCUCCAUUUCUGUCUGCUGUAUAUUUCCAGUUCAAAUUGAGUUGGUGAAAUCUGUUGCGUCUGGUCCGGUACUUGGUCAUUUGCUUAUUUGCUUUUUUUGUUGUUGACAAUGUUGACUUUAUAGCAAAAGUGACGAUGGAAGCUGUUUGACUUUUACACUGGUUUGAUAAUAUUUGGCACUUAAAGUAACGUGCUUAUGCAGAAACGAGUGAAGUUACAGUGAAUGUCAUUGAGUUGUCAAUUCGCUUUAAAUAUGAUGGUCUGCUGCAUUCAUUUGCAGUGCAGUGUAGUGUAGAUACGUUUGGUUGAGAGAGAACUGGAACUGCCUAGUUAAUGAUCCUGGGAUAUGUGAACAAUACUUCAGGUAACUCUGACUUUUCCAAGAUGUUUAUUGUGCUUAUUGAUCCCAGAUUUAAAGCUACUUCUGUAUUAUACAGAUUGAUCGCUGAGUUGAGUACAGACGCCCUGAGAGGCAAGUGAGAAAAACAAUUCUGGUUAAACUUUUUCCAAGUCUGUUUUAAAUUGUUUUCUUUCCUCUGAAAAAAAUGGUUUGCCAGGAUAAUCCGUUGGGAGUUGAAUUCAUUUUCUUAGUGUUUGUGGUUGAAAUACUCAUAAUAACUAUAUUGAUAAAAUUAGAAUAGAUUUAUAGCCAAAAGAAACACAUGACAGUAAUCUUACAUACCUUGUUUACACACAAUGUAUGUACAAUGUAGAGUGCAUGGAGAAAUAAAAGCUCACCUGUAAGAAAACCCUUAGUUAAACCAUGGUGUUGCCGUGCAUUUCAGCCUCUAGUGGCCGAAAUUGAUAUUACAACAACAACCAUGAAAACGUUUUUGCCAAAACCUUUAUAUUCACAAGGAAAAAGUAUUUUUUCCACCUGUUUUUAAAAAAACAAAAUAUUUGAAGGAACAUAAAAAGAUUAUCCUUGCAAACAUUUUAAAAUCCGUUUAUAAGUCAUAAACACAGGAUAGAAUUUUUUUUAUAUCAGAUACAUUUUUUCUCAUUUGUGUCUCAGGGCUUCCGUAGUUACAAUAUGUGACUCUUGUGAAAAAAUAAAUAACCCUGUUGCAAAAAGCAGUGAACAUGUUUUUUUUUUUUAAUUAGCGAUGUUCAUUCGGGCUUUGUGAAUGCAGCGUACCAUACUUGAAUUCAACAACUGCUAGCUCUCCUCUUUCAGAUAUUGUAGUUUUCCAUUGUGCAAACGAGGGUGGAGAGGACAAAGAGCAAGCAAAGUUGAAGAAAGCAACAAGGACUUAUAUGGGUCUCUGUAUGUGGCACUUGGUGUUUGUUUAACUUGGCGAGGAUGUGAAUAAUGCGGGGUAAAAUACCUGAGCAUUAGACUUGUGGGGCCCUCCUCACUUGAUGCCAGACUGGACGGUCAGUGCAGGGGAUUCUUGUCCCCUUCAUUUGAGCCAUUUUUGUACCAAGGUCGAAGAUAUGGGCUUUCUGUCCUUUGUGUAACUGAUGUAGGCGUGUUUUCUGGUCCAUCUCAACGACCUUUGUUGUUUUACGGAGCUCUGCACCUGUUGCGAUGAAGAUAUGAAUGAUUCUGCACUUUUCUCGUACUCCUGAGCAGAGGCUAUUUAAUGUCAAAUGAGCCGUGAUUGAGCGCAACUUUUUAAAGGAUUUUAAAUUAAGUUGUUAUACUUUGGUACUUGACCUGCAAUAUUCUGUAAGUAGCAAACCACCAGUCAAGGCCAGUGAAAUAUGUUUAAAGGAACGUAGCAAGGCUGUUAUAGAUAUAUGUUAUCAUAUUUUACCUCGUGCCCUUUCUAACAUUACUGUAACGCCCUGACAAAAUGUCUGUGAGCAGUGGUUCACGUGCCCUUUAAGCUCCAGCUUAGGUCUAGUAGCACAGGCGAAUGUGCGGUAUCUGGUCAGAACGAGUGUGUUUGUAGGCAUGUGUGCGUGUGUGCAUACUGAACACGUUCCUACCAUGUUCUGUUUCUGCCAAAGUGACAGUAGAGAUGGUAUCAGAUCAAUUUACCUUGAGUCAGGAAUAACAGGCCAUUGUCUGACUGUGCAGACUGAGUACUGUACUCUCCUCACAGGAGAGGAUAAGGGCGAGAGGGGUGGAAAAAAGUCAACGUGGAGGCCACUGACGGAUGUCUGUCAAAAGAAGCACUGACUGUGGUUUGAGCUGGUAGUUAUGUAGCAAUAGGCCACUUAAUAAGAAUCAAAUGCUUCCAGGAAAGGGACACUUGGGUUAAACAGGUUGUCUGAUGGACUGAAUACUGUGAUCCAAGAGAGCAACUUGACACUCCCAGGAUGUCGCGUUUAAUGUUUUUGAAUAUUGACACCAUUGAUAAUUAUGUUUUGGGGGAUUUUGCCUCGAGCAUUUUAUUCUAUUUCUAUUCUAUUCUAUUUAUUUUUGUGGCAGUAAGAAUUUGGUUGGAGAAGUAUUUUGGCUAAUUUGUCAAAAUAUGUAAAUGGUGCAUUUUUUUAAAAUGUUCUUUUAUGGAGUGCUAUUUACUGAGCAGGGGUAGAUGAUGUUUCUAUGGAGUCCAGGAGAGGCAAGUGGGAAAACAAGUUUGAUUUGAUUUGAAGUUUAUUUUCUCUCCUGUGUGUAUGACUUGGUGAAAAAUAACAGGUGAAAAAAAGGUUUGCAAGGACUUUUCUUCCAUCUAUCAAACAGGUGCGGAAAAAAUGAGUUUGUUGUGAUAAUUAUUUCUUCCACAAGAAGCCAAAGUGCACCACUACCCCAUGUUCUUAAUAGGACUAAAACUAUUAUUCCAGGAGACUUUUAAUUACUCCAUAAACUCUAAACACAAGGUACAUGUUUUAUGUGUGUUACAAUACUGUCUUUCUUUUGUCUAGAAAUUCAUUUUAAUUGGCGCUUAUCUGCCGAUUUAAAGUCACCUAGAAGAAAAAAUGAUAGAACAUGGGGUAAUGGUGCACUUUAGCCUCUUGCUCCCGAAAUGAAUAUUACAACUGCAAACAUUAAGAUAAAUGAUCCUGAUAGAGAUAGAUUCACCUGGCAAAAGGUUUCCCCCACCUGAUUUACAGAUAAACAAAAACAAACUACUAAGGAACUUAUAUAAUAUAUAUAGAAGAUUAUCCUGGCAAAACCCUUUUAAAAAAAGUGGAUCACCAGAACUUGUUCUCACUUGCCUCUCAGGGCUUCCGUAGUUUCCCUUGUUACUCUUUCAUCAGAACAAGCUGACAUGAUCAAAAGUGCUUGUUUUUUGUGUGUUUAUUACUGUAUGUCAUUUCUGAUUUAUUAUGGUAUUUUUCAGAGGACACUGUCAGCACAACAUGCAAUGAGUUAAAUGGGAAUUGCAAAGUUACAAUGACUGCUCAAGUAGCGAAGGACACCUGAUAAGUUGUUUACACCAAAAGCAACUCAGCUUGAUGUCAUAUUUUCAAAGCUUGAGAAACAUUACUCUGUUACAAGUCCUACGAAUUUUGCAUGAUAUUGUUUCGAGGCAGAAAAGGUUGUAUGAUACAGCAGUAACUAAGAGAAGGUAGUUAAUGGUAUUUCACUUUUAACAUUAACCCUUACUUCCUUAAUUCCACAUUAUGCAUAUAGUUCUGAAUGCACGAGGUAUGUGUUCCACCUUUGAUUAAGGAUCCAGUGUCUGGAUUUGGCCAUUGUGCUUAUCAUGCCUGUUCAGCUGGUUUUAAAAUGUGUUGGUUCACAGGGAACUGGAGGUCUGUGGGAGGAUCUGGGAUCAGAUAUAUAUAUAUAUAUAUAUGUGUGUGUGUGUGUGCGUGUGUGUGCGUGUGUCCCUGUGUACCGGCAGCCUUUGUGUUUCUCUGUUUUCUAUUCCUGCACUGAGGGUUGAGUGCUUCCUCUGAGUCCCCCUCCUCUUUUUUAACAUAUACCUCACCUUCUGCCUUAGUUCCGAUUAUUGAAAUGAUUGUAAAUUAGUUUGAAACAACAGACUUCUCCAAUCAUUUGUUUCUGAAAAAAAUAUGAUGAUGAGUAAGUAAAAUACUAUAUUACAAAUGGUUUUCCUUUUAUUUUUGUACGUAUGUGCUGUGCACAGCAGUAAACUGUAUUCCUGAGAUGAUAAUAAAAGACGUUUU